UAACAAGUUUUCCUCUCUCCGAACGAAGAUCCACGGCAAUAACAGUCGAUCGUUAUCGAUUACUAUCGAGUAGUCGAGAGAUUAAUGCGAUUUAAUUCGAUAAUUAAUCGUUUACGUAUCGAGCGUUGCGCAACCGAGGUAAUUACGAUUUCAAGUAGUCGAGCGAACAUUGGCGCGAAAAAUAGAAGACUGCAAUUAUACACGGUACUCGAAGAAGAAAAAUGGCGACUUUAUUGCCGGUUACCGAAACCUGAAAUAGCAAACGUUCUCGUUAGCGUGUUUCUAUUGGACGUAGAGACGCGAGUAAACAAAUUCGAUAUAAACGACGCGAUCCGGUCCGAGGUUAUGUAAUCUCUUCAUCGAGGAGAUCGAUCUCGAAAGUUUUUUAACGUAUCCGCGAACGACGAUGAUUGUAAGCCGUUCGAUAAUUCGUUCCCUCGAACCGGCAAGUAUUUCGCGAAAAGAUCGUUUCGAGACGAGUUUCAAAGUUCAGAGGAUCCUUCGCCGCGGCGACUAUUCAAAUUAGAGUUUAAAGGCCGUUCUCACUGGCGCGCGCGUGAAUUUAUUUACACUAUAAAACGAUCCCGAGCGACGCUGUAAAGCCUUAUAGCGUUUCUAAUUAAAUAUCGCGGCGUAACAGAGCUCGUUAUAGACUUUCCUGGAUACUAGAAGUCUCCGUGUAUUUUACGCAAUUCUUUUUCUGCAACUCAAGUCGCAAUCAUCUUGAAUGAAACUCGAUUCGCAAAAGAAAAUUCCGCGAAUGCAAAGAACUCGAUGACUCGUGCAAUAAAUAUUGGAGUAUAAAAAAAGAAAAAGAACAUCGACGAGUAGUUCCAAAGCCUCUACUUAGUGUUAUUAAGGAAGAAAGUAACCAAAUCGAUAACGAAACGGUCGAUCGAAGUGAUGAUUUCCGCGAAUCGAAUCUCUGGCGUGAUUUAUUUUUUUUUUUUCUCCGUAAUAAUCAGAAAUUGCCGGCAGUUAAUCGCUCGUUGGAGGAUGCUUGUUGAAAUCUUCCGGUAUUAACCGAUCAUGAGAAAACGAGAAAGUUAGGAAGUGUAUCUUCUAAACUGGCGUUCCCAGGCGGGAUCGUCGAGAUUUCUGUGUACCCAAAUGCUAAAUGCUCUCGCAUAACUUCGUAGAAACUUCGCCGGAGAAGAGAGAAAAGAAAAAGAAAAAGAAUCCGAGGACACGCGGUCACGAACGAUAAAAAGCCGGCGAAACAUCGAGGGGACGCGUUGAAAAUGACUGGGAAUCGAAGAAACGAGAUCGUUGUCGAGGCAACAUGCCAUUUGCUAUAAUAAAGACGCAUCAUCCUGAAAAGUGGAAAGUGUGAAACGUUUGCUGGUUGCUCGUUGGUGAACGAUACGAUGUGAAACGCGUGAUAAAUGUUGCUGGAACUCGUCGCUGAGAUGCUGGCGUUGAUCGGCGGCCUGAUCGUCGCCUAUUUCGUCUACGUUCUGAUCACCAGAAAAUAUGACAAAUCCAGCACGGACUCGUCGACGAUGGCUCACACGGCGCUCCGGGAGAUCGUCGAGCGAGCUGUGGAGGAGGCACGUAAGCUGCCUGGUCUCGGAAGUUCCGGUGAGACCGGAAGACAGCUGGAGGCGAGGAACAUCACCGAGCACAGUUACGAGGAUCUCCUCGCCACCGCCAUACUUAACAAGGUCAUCGAGAAAUUCCAAAAGGAACAGGUGGACGGUAAUAGCAACGUUCUCCACGGGAAACCGGUGUCGGCGAUCAAGUGCGAAAGCGAGACAGGAGUGGACGAAGGCGUCGAGGAGGGCUGCAGCAGCCUGGAGCCCUUGUCCCAGGACGACUGCAACAGCGAUUCCAGCGCAUCUUGCUCCAGACACGUUAGAAACCAACCGGAGCCAUUAUCUCUGACGAUAGAAGAACGGAUAGAGGAAGUGACUACCACGUACGCGUCGGACGAGGAUCCCAGAGAUAAUGAUGUCUUGGCCAUUAGGAACACUCAUCGUGUGCCAUUUCCGGAACUCGGGAUGGACAUCAUCGAUCCUUCGCAGGAGUCGGAGGAUGAUAGCCAAGACGAGCCAGACACGCCUACGGCGCACAUAGGGCUGGUCUCGCCGAUCGAAUCCUGGGAAGAGAACUGGCUGUUCCAGAAGAAGCGAGUCCAGACUCAGGCGGACCCAGUCGCCAUGUUGGUCCCAAAUCCUAGCGGCGAUUUCAAAGCGAUGAUCGGCGACAAAGACGCGGAGGACACUUCGGACUUAUCCGAGUGCUCCUCGGCGCAGUCCGACGAGGAGAUCGAAAAGGAGCUCUUGGAGGCCAUAAACAACGUGGUGCCGAGGUCUCCGAAGGAAACGACGCUGGGAAAUGGCUUGGACGAGUGCCCGGAGACAUCCAGCGACGCUUCGACGAAAGAAAAUUGCUCGAAGACGCUUUCCAACGGUUUCCAAGACUCGGUGAAGCCUGACUCUCGAGUUCCAGCGGACACGCGCGCCGGGGACAACGAAAUAGCUCGUACGGAGGAUUUUGAAAGCGAUCUAGAGAUCGACGAAGAAGGCGAACGGUCAGAGACGCGCGACGUUGAGGAAGAAAUCGAAAUCUCGGAGAAAGUUCACGGAAAACUAGUUCCAGAGUCGGGGAGCGCGAUCGAGAUGGAACAACGGACGUCCAAAGAUACGGAAAACGCGAACGUAAGGAAUUCGAGCGAUUUUAUCGAGAAUGAUUCAUUGAGUUCCUUGCCGGAGGAAAGCGUUCCAGACGUGCCAAAGACGCCCAUGUCCACGCCAAGAAGGUCUUCCGUGACGGAAGUGUGCCUCGAGGACGCGGACGAUUCAUCAGUGGCCAUCUUCGACGAAGAACACGUUCUGAAUUCCUUGGAACACGCCAAGAAGAAGCUGAUGGCUGUCGAUGACGACACCGUGGAAACGUUCAAGGAGAUCGUGUUCGAUCAGCAAAGAGGAGGCGACUUUCAUGCUGUUGCUGUUGCAGCCGAGGAUAUUCAACAAGAAAGCGAGUAUACGGAGCAUUACGAUAUCGCGAUUCAACGACACUUGGACAGCCUGACGAAAACGGAGACUUCCGGCGCGGAAAACGGGACGAUGGACGAGUCGGAAAACACCUUGGCCGAGACCAAGGACAGCAGGUGCCGAAAAGCUGUGGCUGUAGCCAAGGCUGAAUCGGCUUCCCAAACGUCCCUGCGGAACAAGAAAUCUGAAGAAGACGUUCGAUUGGCGACUCCUCCGCGACCAGGCACGAUCGCUGAACGCGAGCACAAGAAGUGGGAGAAUGCUCCGCCCAUCGAGAACAAUCCUUACAGCGAGGAGAAUAUUCAAAAGAGGUUGUGGGAGAGACAGUACACGAGAAGAUCGUCCGACAUUCCUGGAAUUCACGCCGAAUUGCCGAAAAGCAACGGGACGGAUUUGGAAGUCGUUCUAGCCCCUCAGGAACCGGAUAUUAAAAGGUUUGGCAGGGACUACUACAUCAACGAGUCGAAAUCGUCGAGCCUCGAGAAGGGACGAAGAUCGGCCGCGUCGACGUCUAGCAGGCCCAGCAGCUCGUUGUCCCAACGAUCGAGCUCGACAGGUGCCGACCAGGAACAACAGGAGGACACCCCGUACAAGGAGGCAGAGUUCCUCCUGAACCGUAGCAACGACGUGAAGUCCAAGGUGGCGAAGUGGCAGAGGAACAACAGCCUGGAGACCAAAUAUCAGUCGUCUGUUCGACACACCGAGGCUCCCAACGAUACCGAGACGCAGAAAAUUGACGAGAAAUACUCGAAUACGAGGAAGACCGACUGCCCCAACACCUGGGAGGACCAACGGAUGGAGGAGAUCCUGGAGAACGAGAGAAAGAACAGCAAGAACGAGAUCAACGCUAAACUGAACAACCAAGAGAAUUACGACAGCCCGAUCAUCGAGACCAGGAAGCCAAAUUCCGACGAGAAUCAAAGGAAGAUCAAGAGGAUCGACCUGAAAGCGUACGGGUUCGAGAACGCGUUCCGUUCGAACGAUAAGACGUCGAAGUCUGCUCCAAGAGUGGUGAACAAGUUGGAUCUGAAGUCGUUCGGCUACGACGGCGGUAUCAGACGAACCCAGUCCAAUAUUCACCUGAACAGCAUCGUGAACGAGAACGAUUGCAAGCCCAGGAUCGUCAGAGUGACGAACAAGUCGAACCUGAGCCGCCAUAACGGAUACGACGCCGUGGAAGCUCGAAACUCGGGGAACAACAACAUGACGCAGAGCACGGAGGCUCUGCACGAGCUCGAGAACGGUUACAACAAUUUUAAAGUAGGUUUGAAGUCGGCCAAGUCGGUGCCGAACUUGGCCAGGUACUACUCGAACGCCAGCAGCAACCAGGAGGAUGAAGAAGUCGAGAGGUACAGCCAGAACUCGUACGAGUCCGGAGCCAUCAAGAACGGUACCGUCAGAAACAUCGCUAGCAGUUACAGUCUGGAUAAGUGUAGCAUAAAGAACAGCGACACUUCCGUCGACGAGUCUGAGAACGACACGGACAACUCCUACGAGAGAGAACGGACUGGUCGAUCGAUGACCAACGGGGAGAAGAGAACUGCAAACGAGGAUGGGUCGGAGAGCAAGGUUCUGCCUAUGCCAUCCGUGAGGAGACUCGCUGAGGCGUUCAGCAAGAAGCCAGAGCCUGAGUCUGCACCUGUUUCGAAGAUAAACAAACCGAGCAACGCGAGCAAAGACAGGUCAUCGACCCCGGAGGUGCAAAUAGUGGAAACGCCGAGGCAGAUGCACAGUUUGACAGCCAGAUCGCUCUCGAAACAGUUUCGAGAGGGUCUCAGGCAAAUCCCGAACAAGGUUGCUUCUCCCCCGGCCAGCCACGUGGCCAUGGAACAGCCCAAUAUACCGGAAACCCAAACGGAAGUGGUACCAGCGAAGAGCGACGACCCGACCAGCGAUACGAAAGUGAUUUUGCCCGGCAAAUUGAAGUCGAAUAUAAUAUUCUGGGAACAGAUGCAGAGGAAAAGCUGAAUUCUCUCGCGCAGAGAGAGAUUGUAACUAAUUUUAAAUCGCGAGAAAAUAUCUAAACCUAGAGUGAAGCUAAGCUUAGGAUCGAAGAAUUAUAAGGAAAUCCGUGUGAUUUUAAUUUACGUAAAUGUUACGCAUCCUCCAUUGUUUCAUCGUGUAAACGUUGGCCUGGAAAAUCGAUCGAGCAGCUUAACGAAGCGUGUUAAACGGGUUGCCAUCCUUGCUCAGUUUAAGAAUGCACAACAUCGUUCGAACGGGAAUCAAUCGACCGAAACGAAUAACAGGCUCAACGAACCAAUGGAUUUUCGUCCUCUUGUGCAUCUUCGAAGGUAAAAAGCAAUCGUAUUCGCGACGGGGAACGUCGGUGCGAUUGCGCUCGUGCCAAAUGAUAUUUAACGAUCAGCCAAAGAAAAGUAUUUUCGAAAUGUACGAGAUAAUAAUCAUCACCGAAAUUUCGACGAAUCGUAAAAAAAAAAUUGUUUCUUUUUUCUUUUUCGAGAAAAUUUUUAUUCUACGCGCGUCUUCGCGAUCGACUGUACAUAUACGUCGCUUGAUUCGUUCCGAAUCGUUACGUGUAUAUAAAGGAAAACAUGAACGGUAACCGCGAAGUUUAUAAUCCAUAUAAAUUUACGUAAACUUCUAUCGUGAAAUUUAUAACGAUUUAUAUAAAUUUCAUUCGAGUUGAACGCGCGUCGUUCCCGUAUAUUAUUUAUUAUUUAUUGAUAUCAAAAAUUUAUAUACCGAUGUACAUAAUGAACUGUUAUGGAAAUUUGGUGGUCAG